UUGUGUUCAGUUUUGCAUUACAACUUAAGAUUGUGCAAGCAUAGGAUCGAAAAGCAUGCGUGUCUGAGGCGACCUGUAGUUAAAAGGCGCUCAUGUUUUUCAAAUAUGAUAUAAAAAGAAAAAGAUUUGACAAUGACGACAAACGUCUACAUAAACUACUAGAUAUGAUUCGCGAAUGUUUCAAAAUAGUAGACAUAUCAGGAGGAAUAAUAAAUCAGAUUCCAUUCUUGAGGUAUAUUGCACCAUCAGCUAGUGGGUACAAUCAGAUAAUGAGUAUGCUAACAAACAUGUGGACCUUUCUAGGGGAAACGAUAGAUGACCACAAACUUUCUAUGCAAUAUACUCCCAGAGAUCUGAUUGAUUCAUUUUUACAACACACGGAAAAGAAAACCGACGAAUCAUUUACAGAUCAACAACUGCUUUCGAUGUGCCUUGAUUUAUUUAUGGCAGGCGCAGAGACAACAAGUAACAGUUUAAGUUUUGCCUUUAUGUAUAUGAUACUUUAUCCAGAUGUCCAGAAGAAAGUACAACAAGAACUUGACAAAAAAAUUGGGAGAGAUAGAUGGCCAACGGUGGAAGAUAAAAAUAAUUUAAAGUAUACUCAAGCAGUACUUAUGGAAAUCCAAAGAAGAUGCAACCUGGCGCCCAUGGGAGUAACUCACAGAACAACGAAAACGACCUCUUUAUAUGGUUACACCAUACCAGAGAACGCUGUUAUUCUUUUGAAUUUAUACAGCAUCCAUAUGAAUUUAGAUUAUUGGAAAGAUCCCAUGAAGUUUAAACCAGAAAGAUUUUUGGAUGAAUCUGGAAACAUAACUGUCGAUGAAAAUUAUUAUUUGCCGUUUGGACUAGGUAAGCGUCGAUGCUUAGGAGAAGGAUUAGCCAAAACCCAGAUAUUUCUGUUUUUUACAUGUUUGCUUCACAAUUUUACGUUCGAAGCUGUUGACGGAUUUUACCCCUGCGAGGAACCCUAUGACGGAUUUGCUUUGGCCCCAAAACCAUUCAAGGCUAAAUUGAUACCAAGAUAUACUUAGAUGUAAUUUCAAUGUAUGGAUAAAAUAAAAUAAAAUAA